ACCCCUUUUGGAAACCGACCAGGACAUCGGUUCCUCGAGCUUCCUUCCCCGCCUUUCAUCCACUCCUGCCACGAAUAAUUGACGACUUUACGGAAUCGUACUUCGAAUUUGGGCCACUCUCCCGGUUGUUGCUACCCGACAGCUUUAUUAUAUAUAACCUGGACGGAUACGCUGUCACGGUAGAGGGGCCGGCUGUUUUCAAGGUCCUCCUUUUUCUGCUCUUCUUCCACCAUCUUUGCUGCUCGUCUUGGACCCACACAGACUAGUUCUAACAUGGCCACCACUAUUACUUCGUUAGACUCGUUCCCAGAGGAACUGGUUGAACGUAUCCUCGCGUACUGCGUCGUAGCCCCGCCCACGCCAGCCGUGUCCUCCCCAGCGUGGGCCCCAGUCCAUCCACCCAGCACAGCCGUACGACCAGUCUGCUCCCGUCUGGCCCCUCUGCUCGUCUGCAAGUCCUUCUACCGAAUCUCCCUUCCACAUUUCUACCAUACCAUUCAUUUGACACGCCCUUCACAGCCGGCUCACCUUCUGGCCGCCUUGCACAGCUAUCCCUGGCUCUCCCGUUAUGUCCGCAGAGUUGUCAUCACCGGCAUCUUUGAUGGUGCAGACCAGGUCUUCCGACAGUGCAGGCAUGUAAAGGCGCUCGACAUUACCCUCGAUCCUCGGUUUCCGGAACAGGCGUACUGUCCCGCAGUAGAGCGCCUUUGUGACUCGCUGGAAGCUCUUGACGCGAUCACGCAUCUUACUAUUCGCAAGCCGGCCCGUUUAUACCUUACCCACGCUGGUGUGAAGCGCCUCAUUGUCCGUUUGGCCACUGCCAUCACCGGUUGGAUAGAUCUUACUCCCAAUCCUGCCCACCUGGCUUUCCGUAUCUCAGACGACUCGGUUAGCGCACCAGGAGCUCAAACAAGGGGCCCCAUAUCCGCCAUUACACACGCCCUAUCCCUUGCACCAUCGUUGCACACCUUUUCCACUCAGCUUCCGAGUCUCUGGAAUGAGGCUAUACUCUGUGUCAGCCGGAACCCCCGCCUCGAGCGCAUCAGACUAGGAGGUACCGACUACGAAGAUGGCUGUGGCAUCAUCAGUGGCGGCGGACUACCGAUGAUCAGGUCGAGGGCGCAUACGAUGACUUCGCAGUCCCUGGCGGCGUUGUCGUAUGCUAGUACUUCAAGCCACAAGAAGGAUGACGGCACACCAACGCCGCACAUCGUAAGGCAUCACAGUCUGAAGAGGCAAGGCCGGGCGUAUUAAGCCGACGUACAUACUGUUGGAUAUGGACCUUUGUUUUGAGUGCUCAGUGUACAUUCGUUGCGGUGGACGCUUGUGGUUACAUGAUACUGUACGAGGUGUUAUAAUUUACAUGUUACAGUUCUUGCGCGUUUCGGCCUAGCAUACUUUUAUUGUACAUACAACGUUAAUCCCAUUGAAACCUGCUUCUAGGUAUUAUAAGGACCUUUGUUGAAGGUAACGUUCCGUCAUCCCGCGACUUGAUGGAUAAUCAAUCCAACAGUGAUGAAAGAUAGAAGAAAGGGUUU